GCGCUACCGCUAGGGGGCGGACUGUGCUCGCUGCUCGUGUGUACUUCAGGAACUGCUUCCGGCUCCGGCCUUCCUCUUUUCCUCAUCGCCGGGACGCAACCAUGGUGAACGUCCCGAAGACCCGCAGGACCUUUUGCAAGAAGUGCAAGAAGCACCAGCCCCACAAAGUCACCCAGUACAAGAAGGGAAAGGACUCCCUCUAUGCACAGGGUAAGAGAAGGUAUGACAGAAAGCAGAGCGGGUACGGUGGUCAAACAAAGCCAAUUUUCCGCAAAAAGGCUAAGACUACAAAGAAGAUUGUGCUGAGGCUGGAGUGUGUGGAGCCCAACUGCAGAUCCAAGAGAAUGCUGGCCAUCAAGAGAUGCAAGCACUUUGAGUUGGGUGGUGACAAGAAGAGAAAGGGCCAGGUCAUCCAGUUCUAAACCUGUCUCAUGGACGGAUUUGUCACUAUUUUCAAUAAAUGUGUCAAAACAGAA